GGUUCCUUUGCAUCCAUCCAUCCAUCAAAUCCUGUGCACCGCUGCUCCUCUGCAAGGAGACGCGCACACCCCUUUCCCCAGCCAGCGCCCAGCAAAGGCUCAGCACCAUGGCUGAAUGGCCCCUUCCUGCCCAGUCUUCAAGGUGGAGUUCAGAAGUCCCGGCUGCUCCUGUCGUGGACGCCACCUUCCCCAAAGAGCUGCAGACGGCCACGAUUUCUCUGUGGACGGUGGUUGGGGCUGUCCAGGCAGUGGAGCGGACGGUGGAGGCUCAGGCCCUUCGGCUCCUCAGCCUGGAGCAGAGGUCCGAGACAGCCGAGAAGAGAUUUGGGGACUGCGAGAAGGCCGUGGCUGAGCUGGGGACCCAGCUGGACAGCCGGUGGUCAGCGCUGGAGACUCUCCUGCAGGAGUACGGACAGCUGCAGAAGCGGCUGGAGACCAUGGAGGACCUUCUGAAGAACGGGAACUUUUGGUUUCUGAAGGUCCCCGUGAACGCGGCAGCAGGAGCUUCUAAGGUCUCGGCGGCUUCUGGCGAUGGCUCGGCUCCCUUUUCCCGGGAGAAGUGGGAGAGGCUAGAAGAUUGGCAGAAGGAGUUGUACAAAAACGUGGCCAAGGGGAACGGAGAGUCUCUGAUCUCCCUCGAUCUUGCUGUUUCUAAACUGGAGAAUUUCACCUGUGCUCCGCAAGAAGAUGCCCCUCACAUUCUGGGCCAGAAAAACUCAGAAGAAUGUGCUCAGGAACCUCUGUCUGAUUCCAAAACAGAAUCUUCCAUUUCCAGGACAGAUAUUAUUUCGUGGAUUAAGCAGGAGGAGGAUUUGUGUACCAAGGGCAAUGGCCAGGAUGGAGCCCUUUGUCAAAGUACCUGCAACUAUUAUACGGUUUCUGGACUGGAUACUUUACCGGGCGACGCAGAAGGAGUCAACCCCUGUGAGUCUCUGCAGGGGGGCAACUUGGAAGCAGAAACUCACAAGGGAUCUACUUCAGACAACGCAGGGUUACCGGCUUCCAGGUCGGAUGCAGUUUCGUGGGUCAAACAGGAGGAGACUCCAGCAGCGAGGGAUGGAGGAGACGGUCUUCAAAGCGCUUGUAAUGCUAACGCCACAGCCCAGCCGCACCCGGAGGAAGCGCCGGGCGAGGAAGACCCUGCCAACCCACCCCUCCUGCUCUUCCUCCCCGGGGGCUCGGUGGCACCCAUUUUGAACGGCACCAUCGGCGAGAGCCGGCCUCUCCCCGGCCUUCGCGGUGCCCGCGGUGGGAGGCACCCCGGCUCUCCCUCGGCCAGGGGCAUCCCGGAAGCGGCGGUGGAGCGUCCGCACCGCUGCGCAGACUGCGGCAAGACCUUCAGCUUGUUGCUGAGCCUUCAGAUGCAUCAAAUGAACCACCAGAAACGGAAGCAGUACGAGUGCUCGUUCUGCGGGACGGCUUUCAGCAGCCCCUCGGAGCUGGUGCGGCACCGCAUGAUCCACACGGGCGAGAGGCCUUACCGGUGCUCGGUGUGCGGGAAGGGCUUUGUGCGCAAGCAGCACCUGGUGCCCCACCUGCGCCUGCACACGGGGGAGAGGCCUUACCACUGCGCCGAGUGCGGCAAGGACUUCAUCUGCAAGCACCACCUGCAGGAGCACCAGCGCACCCACACUGGGGAGCGGCCCUACGCCUGCGCCCAGUGCGGGAAGAGGUUCCGGAGGAAAAAGUCGCUGAAGGACCACUGGAGGGUUCAUAGCGCUGAGAAGCAGCAGCAGAAGGGACAGGCGGGCUCUGCCCAGGUGCCUGAGGGCACGGAAGGGGACGUCCGAGUGGAAAGUUAAUGUGCUGGCUCAGGGGUAGCUCAGCGCACAAGGCGCACAGUUCAGUGGUGUAUUUGUUUCUUUACAGCUCAGCAACGCCUCCCAUCAUUGCAGUUACAGGGAAUGAAGGCCUCUGCCCUCUGCUUCCCCCUCCCAAAGUCUCCUGUUUUCCAAGCAGCCUACACCAGAGGGAGGGGAAUCUGUGCCCUUUGUUCUGCUACAUACAUAGCCGUCUGUGUCCUUGGAGACAAAGGCAGGGAGCUUAGUACAGCAGGAUUGGAAAGCUUCUGGGAUGCUUUUGCCCCCUUCUCCUCUGCUUCAUCAUCAGAGUCUGAACUGCUUUCUGCACCUGGGUCAUCUUGCUCACUAAAGCCUGUUGCUUCUUCUGCCUCCAACCAUUCCUCCCCUCCUUCCCCCUCUUGCCUGUCCUCCUUGUCCCUCCACCACUCCCUGGGCUCUGACCCUUCCUCCUCUGGGGCUUCCCUAGGGGAUUCCCUGGCUUUUGCUGUAGUCCACUUCUUGUCAUCCUGCCAAUCCGACAAGACGGUUGGUUGGUUGGCUCCUUCUUCCCAGUCUCUUGGCCAAAUGGCUCUGCCGCUUCCAAGCCCGAAUGCAGAUGUGCCUGCUAGCUCCAUUCAUUCUAGCCUUAUCCAGCGGUUCUGGACUACAACUCCCAUCAGCUGGAGGUGCUGAUGGGAGUUGUAGUUCGAAACCACUGGAGUGCCCCAGAGUUGGGGAAGACCCUCUUACGCUGUUCGAGAGCCCCUCGGGUACCACUACCCACCCUUAAGAGCAUCUCCACCAAACCCUUGGCCCCUGCUUGCCCUCCAGCAGUUCAUUGCUUCCAUCCCUUGGCAUGUAAACAUUUUCUCUUUCUCCCAGUGUUGCCUCUCUCGUCCGUCCGUCCAGUUCAGGUGCGCUGUCCUUUUCCGCAUAACGGGUUUGCAAUCCUCCCAGGAUUUUCGCAGCAGCUUGUUUUUUUAAGAUAAUAAGUGUGGGGGGCAGGACCUGUUUGGUGCUCUGGUUUUUGUAUACGGUUUAAAGCGCUCCCUAAAUAAUAAACCACCCCUGGCUGCAA